ACGUCAAAGCCACAAAUUCAGGGCGUCCAAACAACAGCCCGCACUCAGUAAAGCUGAAGAAGAGAAAUGGACAACACAAAAUCAGCGCCCACUGGUUGCUUCAAGUGCGGCCGUCCAGGCCACUGGUCGCGCGACUGUUCUUCCUCCGCUCCAAAUCCCUCUUCUACCAACAAGGAUAACAACAACUACCCUGCUAACGCCACGGUCACUGGUGCUCCAAAGUCUGGAAUAGAGAAGCCCAAGAAGGUGCCGAGAACCAGGCCGAAGCUUACCCCUGAACUCCUUCUCUCCGAAGAUGGCCUUGGCUACAUUCUCCGUCACUUCCCUCGCGCCUUCAGGUACCGAGGCCGCGGUCAGGAGGUUAAAGAUUUGGGGAAUUUGAUUCGCUUAUACAGGGAAUGGCACUCUCAUCUGCUCCCUUAUUAUUCAUUUGAUCAGUUUGUACAUAAGGUGGAACAAGUUGCUGCUACCAAGCGUGUAAAGAAUGUUAUUAAAGAUUUAAGAGAAAGAGUUGCCAGAGGAGGAGAUCCUACAAAAUUGCAUGAGCCUCCAAGAGAGGAUGAUGCUCCAGAUGAUGAACAAGGUCCCCCAAAUUUUGAUGAACUAAGUAAUCAACUUGGGAAUUCGUCAAAAGAUGUCGAUGCUUGUGAUUUACAAGAAGCCAUGCUUAACGAGAUCUAUGAGAAAGCCAUUGAAGAACCAUCUGAAAUGUUGCAUGGUGAGGUUGACAGAGCCAAUGAAUAUUCCGUGGGUAUUUAUGGGAAAGAAUCACGAAAUCCUGAACAAAAUAAUAGGGCGAGCUCCUCAAGUGAAAUCCAGAUUACAGAUGAACAGAGAGCUCGUAUGGAAGCAAACAGGUCGAAGGCACUAGAGAAACCUGUAGCUAGCUCCUCCAAUAAAAUCCAGAUAACAGAUGAACAGAAAGCUCGUAUGGAAGCUAACAGGUUAAAGGCAUUAGAGAGAGCUGCAGCUCGGGCACGCUCACAACAAGCAACUUGACAUCUGUUGGACUUUUAUUAUUACAAGACAUGGAAUUCAAAUAUCUGCACGUCUCCCUCCCUUUUUAUCUGAAGGAAACCCAUAUCUUAGUUUUGAGAUAUGAUUAGACAUCCUGCAUUUGUACUUGAGUAGUGAAAGAGAUGUAUAUUCAGAUGAAGGGUCUUGACAGCUAUUCUUUCAAACUGGGAAGUUUAAAUUUUAUCUUGAUGCGUGGAUCAGCAAAUCAUCAAAUUUCUUCUCCAAGAACUGAAGUGACUUGAGAAGUAGUCAUUAAUGGAUCAAGGGCAAGCCUUGUAACUUGUUCAAGUAUUAAUAGCAACUCUUAUUGGCUUCUUGCUGCCAAUUUUGCUUUGGUUUAUUUUAAGUUUAUUUCUACAUUGAAUAUGGAACAGUUUAACAUGCUCAGUUUUGUCGGACGACAGACUACUGACUAGGGUACUGUGAAGGAGAAGAGGCUCUAAAGGGCUCGCACUAACCCUACAUAAGCUCGAAUCAAAGAAACAUUCACAUGCUUUAGAACAUAAAGGACCACAAGCGCACACGCACACGCACAUACACACACUCACGGACGCAGCCACAUGCAAUAUAUGCUCUGCAGAGAUUCAAUACAUGUUAACGCAGAGACUCAGCGAGCUUACUCAGAAAAUGUCACAACGGCCAAUGCCCAUCCGGCACAAAGCAGGCAAGUUCCUAGCCUUUUGCAAGAUCUCUUUCAUUUCAUCAUACUGCCGUUCUACUUGCUUUUCCUGCAAUUUCGUCAUCAACUUUCUUAUACCCUGGCACACACACUGCUUAUCCAGUCUGUUCAUCUCCUGGCAGCACUCCGGGAGAUGCCGCCGGCAACUAACCCAGCACCUCUGUGUCAAAAACUUCUUGCACUCAGUUAGGUGCUGGCUCUCGAUCUGUGGGCCACAGCCUUCAGUUUCCAUGGCUGUGCAGCUUAAAGCUGUGAGAACAAUGAGCGCCAAAAGACCUGAUGCUAGGAGUCUAAGUUUCGCCAUUGUUUUUGUUGUUUCGGAUUAAAUGAAACGUAAUUGCGGAAGCAGAGUGGUUGUCGAUCUCAUUCAUUUGAAAAUAUAAUUUUGCAUGACAAGUGCGUACGUGGAGGUUUUGAUGGGUGGGAU